ACAGGUACCGCCCCAACACCGCCAACAUGCGUACCUACGACGACUCCUUCAGCGGUCAAAAGAUCUACCCUGGAAAGGGCAAGCUGUACAUCCGUGGUGACAGCAAGAUCUUCCGCUUCCAGAACGGCAAGACCGAGUCCCUCUUCCUGCAGAGGAAGAACCCCCGCAAGAUCUCAUGGACCACCCUUUACCGACGGAUGCACAAGAAGGGUAUCUCUGAGGAAGUUGCCAAGAAGCGUACCCGCCGCACAGUCAAGCACCAGCGUGCCAUCGUCGGUGCUUCCCUCGACGUGAUCAAGGAGCGCCGUUCCCAGCGCCCCGAGGCCCGUGCCGCCGCCCGUUCAGCCGCCGUCCAGGAAGGAAAGGAGAAGAAGGCCGCUGCCGAGUCAAAGAAGAAGGCUGAGAAGGCCAAGAGCGCCUCCAGCGCUGCGCGAGGCCAGGCAUCCAAGAUCCAGAGCAAGCAGGGCUCCAAGGGUGCCGCACCCAAGGUCCAGGCAUCCGGCCGUCGUUAAGCUAGCUGCUGUUUGUGCAUGGGUCGGGGUUUACUGGCAGUUUUUCGGGAUGACUCGGUGUUCUAUUACUCUCUCUGAACCACUCCGAUAACAGCGGGAAAAUGGAAUGAAAGGAAUGAUGAUUCACAUCUUGGGACCGGUGUAUCGGACACUAUUCCCAUGUUAGGGUUCGGCGUCCCAUAGGGAAAAUGCAAUACCACGUCCUCAC